AUGAAAGCAAUACCAUAUGCUAAUGUAGUUGGAAGCUUGAUGUAUGCUCAAAUUUGCACUAGGCCGGAUAUUUCAUUUGCAGUUGGUGUUCUGGGACGAUUUCAAUCUAUUCCCGGAAAAGACCACUGGAUUGCUGCUAAGAGAGUUUUGAGAUAUCUCCAAGGAACUAGAGAUUACAUGUUGACAUAUAGAAAAGUUGAACAUCUUGAACUGAUAGGGUUCACAGAUUUAGAUUUUGCUGGUUGUUCAGAUGAUAGGAAAUCCACAUCAGGUUAUCUCUAUAAACUAACAGGUGGGGCUGUCUCGUUGAAAAGUGUCAAAAGGUUGGUACAAUGUUGUAUGUUUGUGCAUUGGUACAAAUUUAGUUGA